AUGUUAUUACGUAAUUCUAUAAAUCUUAAAGUGUGUGUGUGUGUGUGUAUACACACACACACACAUAUGAAUUUCGUACUUGUAGAAUUACGUAAAAAUCCAAAGAUUAUAUUAAAUAAUUAUUUUACUAUUUUAUUAAAUUACGAUUUAUUUUCAGGGAUUGGUUUUUCCAUUUAAUUUUGUAAUUUUCACCGUUAUAAAUCAUUUAUUAUUAAAAAUGAGUCUCCAAUUAUAUUAUGAUUUAUUAUCACAGCCAAGUAGAGCUCUUUAUAUAUUUUUAAAAGUAUGCAAUAUACCAUUUGAAAAAAAACUCAUAAAUAUAGGAAAAGGUGAACAUCUUAGUCCAGAGUAUCAAAAAAUUCAUCUUUUUCAAAAAGUACCUGCUGUUCAGCACAAUGGUUUUAAUAUGAUGGAAAGUGUUGCAAUUUUGAGAUACAUCUGUGAAGAAUUUAAGGUAGCUGAUCAUUGGUAUCCCAAAGACUUGAAACUUCGACUUAGAGUUGAUGAGUAUCUUGAAUGGCAACAUUUUAAUACAAGACUAGAUUGUGCUUCAUAUUUUUUUGUGAAUUAUAUGAAGCCACUAUUAACUGGAAAACCAACGAAUCCAGAAAAUUUAAUACAACAUGAAAAGCGUAUGAUUCAAACACUUAAUAAAUUAGAAAAUGUCUGGUUAAAGAACAAAAAUUUUUUAACUGGUUCUGAGAUAAGCAUUGCUGAUAUUUUAGGGGCGUGUGAGGUGGAACAAGUUCGAAUAAUAGGAUAUAAUCCACAAGAAAAUCGACCUUGCUUAGCUGCAUGGAUGAAAAGAGUUGCAGAUAAAACAAGUCCUCAUUAUCAGGAAGCCCAUGUGCUUUUAAACAAACUGGCAAAUAAGGCAAAACCAGAGUCAUUAAAAAGUAAGUUUUAACAGUUAUGAAUUUUGAAUCUAUACAUCUAUACAAAAAUUGUUUUUUGUAAAUUUUUACAAUCUUUUACAACUUUUAUAUUCUUUUUUUACAAAAUGAUACUCUUAUUUAUAAUGUUUAAAAAAAUUUGUGAUUUAAAAAAAAUCGACUUUGUAUUUUGAUCAAUUGAAAGAAAUGUGAUUAAUCAAGGUAUAUUUUUUUUUAUUAAAUAUGUAUUAAGCACAUAUGUAUGUAAAUGUAAUAGUGCUUUACCAUAUUAUGUGUAUGAUAUGAAGUACCAGUCUUAUUACAUAAAAGGUUAUAUUAUAAAAUGUUAAACAUUUUUGUUGUUGUUACUGUUACUACUAUAUUACUUUUAUUACUAUAUUAUUAUGUAAUAUUAUAUUUUAAAACUGGGUUGACUCUUGUAUGAAAAGAUUAUACAAAAAUAUCUUUUAUAUUAUAAUUAUUUGUAAUCCACAUAAAAUAUAUUUUGUGCAUCAAAGCGACGUUUUGAAUCUUAUGAUUGACUUGUAGAAUGAUUAA